AUGGCUGAUUCUCUCACCGAGGAGCAAGUCUCCGAGUUCAAGGAGGCAUUCUCUCUGUUUGACAAGGAUGGCGAUGGUCAGAUCACCACCAAGGAACUAGGCACCGUCAUGCGCUCCCUCGGCCAGAACCCCAGCGAGUCUGAGCUGCAGGACAUGAUCAACGAGGUCGACGCCGAUAACAACGGCACCAUCGAUUUUCCCGAAUUCCUCACUAUGAUGGCCCGCAAGAUGAAGGACACCGACUCUGAAGAGGAGAUCCGAGAAGCCUUCAAGGUCUUCGAUCGCGACAACAACGGCUUCAUCUCCGCCGCCGAGUUGCGCCACGUCAUGACAUCGAUUGGCGAGAAGUUGACCGACGACGAGGUGGACGAGAUGAUCCGGGAGGCUGACCAGGACGGCGACGGGCGCAUCGACUACAACGAAUUCGUCCAGCUCAUGAUGCAAAAGUAA